CUGUAGUUUCAUUGAACUAUUUUUCAAUUAUAUUUUUCAAGUUUCACGAAAAUGAAAAUUAGAAAAAUGACUCAGUACCAAUUUUGUUUUCGGCUCGGACAGUCACAGGGGAAUCGUUGAAGUUUUGUUUCGCUCUUAGCCGCGAAUUUUUUGUACAUCUUUUGUAAAUAUUUUUUUUAUAUUUUUUUUUUAUAAAAAAAAAAUAAAUUGUAUGUGGCCAACAAAAUGUAUGAUACUAAAGACAACUUUCAAUACGUUCUUGAACUACCUAAAAUACCAGAAGUUGCCUUUGGUACGAAAAUAGUACGAAGGAGCACGCUUUGGCCCAACGAGCCGAGAGAAAGCACUGCAUCUUUUUGGUCUGUUCCGUCUUUUAGCAGUUUAAACAAAGAGUAUCCCUCAAAGUAUGGCUGUUCGCCUCUCGUCAGUCAUACCCCCCGUUUUUCCGCACUUAAGGAGGAUGAUAUCCCGGCUGUUGGCCAAUACAUCACUGAAAAUGCUAAACCAAUAAAGCAGUGCAAAAAACCAUUUAAUGUUGGAGAUGCUUUAAAGAGAGAGCCAAAAUUUCUGACACCCGCGCCAACCACCUAUCCAUAUCACAUAAAAAUACCCGAUCGACUCGACUAUUGUCUCGCUUUCGGCACACGUCGUGUAAUUUGGCCAGCAACGCCGAUUUUUUGCAGCGCUAGAAACUAUAUGAAAUGUUUACGUUGCCAACAACAACCCGACGGUGAUUACUAUCACAAUUUCAAGUCACAAUUAGACAUAUGUAGACCCUGUUUGAAUAAAGAAUUAAAGGAGCUGCGUCAUUGUAAGACGGAUGAUUACAAACGCAGAUUAAAGUUGAGAGAGUGGAGUGAGUUCAAGAUGGUACGGCAUUGCAGCUUUUAUCAUUUACAUAAGAGCGGAAAUAUGAGGUCAACAUUAAUGCCAAAAAGCGAUCUGCGUAAGAAAUUAAAAGUGGAGAACUACUUAUAUCAAUAUUAUCCAGUGUGGGAUAAGCGUGUUAUAUGACAUUGUUGGAUGAUGAUGUAAGAAGAAGGCGAGACUUAAUAGAACACCCGCUUACCUUUGCAAUAUUUUUGUAUGUAUGUUUUAAGGUCUGCAAAGUAUGGUAUGCCAUAAGAAAAAUUUCAAAAUUUGCAAAAAAAAAAAAAACAAGAAAGAAGAAAUAAAUUACCAGAAUGUAAUGUAUUUUUAUAAA